CUGCCGGAAGCCAUUUUGUUUUUCAGGGUUCUUUGCAAGGGUUCUUUGCAAGGGUACUUGACGCGAAGUUCCAGCAAACCGGCAGCUACAGUUGCUGCAGUUCACGCUUCAGCUUCACGAUGUUUCCGUUGGCCAAAAACGCGUUAAGUCGUCUCCCAGUUCGAAAUAUUCAGCAAAUAACAGCAAGACAGAUCAACCAGAAACGGACACCUGAUUUCCAUGACAAAUAUGGUAAUGCUGUGUUAGCUGGCGGAGCCAUUUUCUGUGUUUCUGCAUGGGUAUAUACAGCAACACAAAUUGGAAUAGAAUGGAACCUGUCCCCUGUUGGCAGAGUCACCCCAAAGGAAUGGAGAGAUUAGCAGUCUUCGCAGCUGGUGCAAUAAUUGUCUCAAAAUCAACUCACAGUUGAUGCCAAGUGAAAGCACUGUGUACCCCCUAAAAUAUGGCAUGAUUGAUAAAAUAAAGUACAUUUGAAACCUUCA